AUGCGGAGAACUACUGCAAAUGUUCCUGAAAUUUGGCGCGAACUUAAUUCACAUGCGAAUCACAAUGCGAACAACAUGCGAAUUUGUUUUGAACCGUUUGAACCUUCUGAUUGGAACUCUGGCAACUCAAAUCAAAGAAAAAUUCCUAAUAAACGAAUGAAAAAGAAAUUCCUCAAAGCAAAAAUAAAAUUUUAA